CGAUCUGAAAGACUAUUGAUGGUCUUGAUCCCCAAGACAAUUUUCAAUACCAGGUGAUCAGUGAUCGUCAAGAUAUCCAUAAUAUUGGAGUGUGAAGAUCAGGAAUGGACGGGAGGUGGGUGAAGGAGACUGAUAUAAUAACUCUUUCCACCAAUCCAGUGAAUCCACGGAAACGGGAUUCGCUGUUCGACGUAGACUCGCGACGGUGGUUGCGUUAGCGUUCGGCUCGGUGUCCCGGGACAUCCCGGCAUGUUGCGCACCAGGGACACUUCUACUAUGAUCAUUUUCAGCGAUUCGAACGAUGACACGGAGAUCGUGUUCACUCUGGAGUCCCUCACGCAGGCCGGCCUCAUUUUCAUCAUGGCCCUGGCCAUCGUCAUCACCAACGUCCUUAUCAUCGCCACAUUUCUUAAUUUUAGAGGUCCGUCGGAGGUGAUAAACUGUUACUUGUUAUCGUUGGCGGUGGCGGAUCUGUUGUGCGGCCUGUUGGUGGUGCCACUGUCCGUUUAUCCCGCGGUCGUUCGUGACUGGGUGUACGGUGACAUUGUGUGUCGACUGGUGGGCUAUUUGGAAGUGACUCUGUGGGCGGUUACCGUCUACACCUUUAUGUGGAUAAGUGUCGAUCGGUAUCUAGCCGUCAGGAAGCCGCUGAGAUAUGAAACGGUACAGACCAAAACGAGGUGCCAAUGUUGGAUGGCGUUUACGUGGAUCUCGGCAGCGAUGCUGUGCUGUCCACCGCUGCUGGGAUUCAAUAAGCCGCUAUUCGACAAGGAGGCCUACAUCUGCAUGCUGGACUGGGGCAGCAUGGCGGCGUACUCCGUCACGCUCUCCAUCCUCGUGCUCGGCCCCAGCCUCAUCACCAUCGUCUACACCUACACUUACAUCUUCAACAUGCUGCGCAAACUACGCAGCGGCUUCCCCUUCCACGACAAGGAGUACGCCACCGCGCUCUCCGAGAACCUCUCCAACCCCAGCCAUAUCAUGAGUUUUGCUUUGGUGAUCGCUUUUUGGUUGUCCUGGUCGCCGUACAUAGGGGUACGCCUCUACGAGUACUUCACGGGAAUAAAACUCCAGAUCCAGUUCUUGCAUUUCGGUAUCGUGUGGCUGGGCUUCCUGAACUCCUUCUGGAAGAGCAUGAUCCUGAUCACGCUCAGUCCGCAGUUCAGGCUGGCGCUUCGCAUCUUCUGUAUGACGAUCUGCUGCCGGUACAAGGGUCGCAUGCAGGCCGAACUAAUAGGCAUGGAGGCAGACGACUGACUACUCUUUCCUGUCGCGGGAUGCUGUUUUCCCGGUGCCCGGUUCCCGUUCACGGGACUGGCGAUGCGCGACUUCGACUACUUCGUCGGCAAGAUCAGAAGAUAUUGGUGCCAAUUCACGCGCCACGGACACAACCAGUGACCGGACGUGCGUCUCCCGAAUGCUGAAUGGUCUUUUAGAAUCAGUAAGCGCCCGUUGCCGUCGCAUGGUGAUCGUACGUUUCCAUUUUUUGAUUUGAUCUG